AUGGAAUCAACACAAAAAACCAAGAAUUUAGACAAGGACGACAAAUUUUAGGUAGAAGCAGUGGUAAGCUAGGACAAAGAAACUGGGGAAGUACUGUUCAAUGGAAUGUCAAAUCAGCAAAUCACAGCUUUUCAAUAUUAAUGUAAUAACAAGGGAAUUAAUCUUUCAGAACUUAACUACUACCAAAUGGCUUGCAAGCCAAGAUUGCUAGUUGAUACAAAGGACGAGGAUGAGAGUGAUGAAGAUGACUAUAUUGAUAUUAAUUUGUUCCAUUAGAUCAAAGAGGUGCUGCUUUGUCCUGUGUGCUUUGAUGUUUUCAAAUAGCCUGAUAAUGUGAGACCUUGCUUGCAUAAAUAUUGCCAUAAUUGCAUUGAAUUAUAUAAUAGAAAAGUCAAGAAGGAGUGCCCAGAAUGUAGGCAUCCUAUUGGCUCAAGAAGAUAGCUCAGGUCUGAUUACAAGAUAAACAAUAUCAUAUCUGCUCUCAUUAGUGACAUCGAUGGGUUCAAUCAACUUGAGCAAUUGAGAAGAGAGGAGAAGAUAAGAAAUUACGAUUUUGAGGCGAAUCAUGAUCGUAUGAAAUAUAUCAGAGAUCACUAGAACCUCAAAAUUGAGUAGGAAAAGUAGGAGAAGGUUGUUAGUAAAUCAAAGAGAAAGAGAGAAGAGAUUAGAGAGUAGAAUAUAGAAGAUAAUGAGUAAAUGAAUAAUUAAGAUGAUGAUGGGAGAUUUACAAAUUCCAUGAGAUCAAAUCUCAAUUUCAACGAGAGUGAAUAUUUGAGAAACAAGAAUGUUAAGUAACUGUUUGGAGUAAAGAGAGACUUAAAGCACUAGUAGAAGUCUAAGAGCCUUAGAGUGAUUGAUGAUGACAUUCUGAAAGAUGUCAAUAUUGAAUUCAUUGCAAGAUAGGAUAUCGCAAGGACAACUGACAAAAUCAAAGUUCUCCAGCUUAAGAAAUUUUUGUUGAUGAAGAUAGAUAAGGGGAACUUAGAUCAAGUUGACUAAUGA